CCGCCAUCUUUUACUUCUUCCUUGGGUAGCCACAGAAAACUGCCGGAGUCUUGCCUCGUGCUGCAAAGAAGAUAAAUUUACUUCAUUUCAAACCAAUGAAGGUGAAAUAAAACGAGCAAACAAUUGGACUUUAGUAUAGAUCAAUCUUCGAUUCAUUGGACUUUUUAAUUUAGAGAUGAAGAGGAGUAGUUCUAGUCUUGGAAGUAAUGAUGAGAGGCGAAAAGAAUUACACAAAGAUGAUCAUAAUAAUCAACCACAUUCAAGAUUGGAGGAAGAAAGACAGAGACGAAGACGACAAUGGUUAAUUCAGCAAGAAAGAGAAAGAGAACAUGAAAGAUUAAAACAAAAAAUGAUAUUAGAGUAUGAAUUAAAACGAGCUCGUGAAAAAGAUGCAAGUCACAGCAGAGGAAGAUUAGUGGAGGAAAAUAAUAGUAAAAGUAGAACUAGGGAUAGAUCUUUAGAAAUUGUAUGUAUAAAAAAUGCUAAAACUACAAGUUCUAAAUCACCAGCUAUACCAGGGAAAUCAGAUACUGCAUGUGGUUCAACAUCCCUAUUCAAAGGUCCAGAAGGAACUCAAAUAAGUGAAAAAGAACUUCAUUGUAUAAAAGUAGAUAUUCAUAGAAAUAUACCUGUGAAAGGACAAAUAAGUGAAUUGCAACGGGACAUUAUUAACCCUGAGGAUGUAAUCAUAAUAAGAAGAAGCGGAGAAGGAUCAAAACCGAUAUUUGAACGAGAGGAAAUAAAAAGUACUUCUAAGAAAGUUGGAGAAAUUGAAGAACGUCGUACGGUGAUAGCUGUAGAAAGCGGAGAUUCAGUUAAUAGGUCAGAAUCAUUUAGAAGACGCUCUCCAUCCUCUAAUUCGUUACGACACCAUAAUCAACGUUCUUCAUCUUAUCGACGAUCCAAAUCCAAAGAUUCAAAAGAUUCAAGUUGUAAAUUUGAUUAUCGUACCAGCAGAAAAAGUGAUAGACGGCAAAGUAGAGAAAGAAGUAGAGAAAGAAGAAAAAAAUACAAGGAACACGAUCGUCUAAGCAGCAGAUACAGAUCAUUUCGAAACAGAGAGAGCCCAUCUCAAGAGUAUAGAGAACAUCGACGUGAUUCUUAUUCUGGGCAAGAUUUUCGUCAUAAGAAUGAAUCGCGUAAGGAAGAGGGAAGCAGUAGCAGCAGUAAACCCAGAAAUCGUUCUACAGGUAAUAGAGAAAGAGAAAGAAGAUCUAGAUCUCGUUCUAGAUCUCAUUCCAGAUCAAGAGAUAAUAGAUAUGGAGAGCGACAAAUGAUGCCAUCCCAUUGCAUCGACCAGGUGCCUUAUCCUGUUUAUUAUGGGCCACGUCCUAUGAUGGUUGGACCCAUGAUGCCACUCAGAGGCCAAAUUCCUAUAGCUAGAGGCAGAAUACCACCUUCGGUAAUGGGACCAAUAAGACCAUUUCCACCACGUUUUAUACCACCCAACGUAUAUAGAUUAGGUCCCCCACCUAAUUACAGAUUUGGGCCAAUGUUUUAAUGUGGAAAGUUAUAAGAGGAUAACGAUUUUUUAACCUUUACUUAUAUACAAUACACAUAUUUUAUCUUACAUUUAUUAUUUAUGUGUCUUAUGGGGACAUUUUUAAGUAACACUUUUUUAGAUUCUUUUUCUUUUAUUUAAAUACGAUAAUUUAGAAAGUUAGAUUUUUAUCAUGUUUUUAUAGGUAACAUAAGUGUAUCGUAAUAUGUAAAUGUGUUUAUUUGAAAGAAUAAGUGACGAUCGAUCAUUUGAUUAAAUAUGAGAAGGGUGAUAAUCAAUGUUGGAAGAAUUUAUGAUAAAUGAUGAAGUAUUUACCACUACGUUUAAAAUGCAAAAAAUUAAUUCAAAAUAAAGCGCUUUUUAAGGGAGCUAAUGAAAUACCAGUGUUAUUUUUUACGUAUACAUGAGUCUAUCGCGGUUUGACUUUAACUUCUACUUUUACAGCCAAUCACGGCUUGACUUUUGUAUGCCACUGUUACAGCCAAUUGUAACUCGUCUUGGCUUUCCGCUUUAACAGCCAAUCAACGAACAAUUUUUUGGCGCCAAAGAUUUGGGCACAAUGGCGUCAUUGCUUCCGAACUAUAUCGUACUUUCUUUUAAUUAAGCGUUUCACAAAUAUUAAGUAAGCUUCUGUACUAUUAUUCGUAUAAUAAACAUUUAAAUAUAUAUAUUUUGUAAACUAA